GGAGAGUUACCUUCAGUCACCAGCCGGCCUGAUCGAGGAGUCCGGGGACCCCACAACACAUCGUCCUGCACCAACAUCUCUCAAGUUAUAUUUGACUAAUUCCUUAAAAAAGAAAGUAAGAGAGAGAGAGAAAGAGUGAGAGGUGUGAAUAUAGAUAAUACCGUGUGUAUAACUGUAUGAUAACUCUGCCUUGUGAACAAGUGACUACAUAUGGCAUCAAUAUUACAAUGGUUUCUUAAACACCGAGAUCAGUGAAGUGUCGGCUGCAUCUGAUGUGCUUACGAUUUGAUACAGAAAUUUGGAACUCUGUAUAGAAUUUGUUUACAAAUGAAAGUGUGACAUAUUACAGAAAGAAGAAGACUUGAACAACACUUUGCCCUCAACACUAAGUCGCCCACGUGGGUCCUCACUACCCACACGUCAUGCACGUCAUCAAGACGUUAGUGGGGACCUCUAACAAGGCCUGAGGGGACUAUAGAGCACAGAGUGCCUGGGGCGGGUGUAAGUACAACUAAGUCUUCACUGGAACAGGUCGUGUGUGAAGGACAGUGUACCUCCACUUACCUUAAUAUGGUCCAGGUGGAAUGGUCGUGUACAUAAAGAAAUAAAUCACUCACAUCGGUCUGGCUCAGUGUGGAAAUCAUAUAUAGGUUACACAGUGUUUAUCUUGCGAGGAGGUCUUAAAGAAAUAUCCCUGGCGAGUACUGACGGACAGUGUAUCAACACCACAACUGACUACACUCAAUAAUUUACACCAGAUAUACACGAGGACCACAGCAACUUUCCUUGAACUAACACACCCGGACGCUCAAUGUAGCGAUGCGAAAGUAACGAGGUAACCUGACGCCCAGGCACGUAAUAUACAGUCAGGAUCCUUCCCCAGUUAAUGAAGGCACCUGAUUCACAUUUUGCACCAGGAAAUAACUGCAUAUUCUAUCAGUGACAGCCUCGGAGGGCUUGCUUCAUCACGUGAGGCCACGAUGCCGUCUCCGCCGCCCUGGUGCCGGCGACCACCGCACACGCCUCACUAAUACCUAGUUAUUCCACCAGUGAAGAGCAACUUAAACGCUGAUAAUAUAUUUAUAUGUCCGCACGGGGAACGUAGUUGCAGAGAUGGUGCGGUGGCCGUUCAGGAAGACAAAGCAGCAGUUGGUGACCACUCGGACGGUGCUGGUGAACCGCCAGGCACCGGAGGAGAUGACGGAGCCGCCCGCACCGCCCCGCUACUGCCACAACAGGAUCAAGACCUCCAAGUACUCCAUCCUCAACUUCAUCCCCAAGAACCUCUUUGAGCAGUUCCGACGGAUUGCCAACUUCUACUUCCUGUGUGUGGCCAUAAUACAGUUGUUCAUCGACAGUCCGGUGUCACCGAUGACGAGCAUCCUGCCGCUGGUGUUCGUGGUGGCGGUGACGGCGGUGAAGCAGGGCUACGAGGACUGGCUCCGUCACCGAGAGGACAACAAGGUCAACAACGCCGCCUCCAGAGUCCUGCGGGACGGUGUCGUUACGGACCUGCGCACGAAGGACAUCGAGGUCGGGGACAUCGUAGAGAUAGCGUCAGACGAGCAGUUCCCCUGCGACUUGCUACUCCUCAUGUCCACUGACUCUGAGGGCAAGUGUAGUGUCACGACCGCCAACCUUGACGGAGAAACCAACCUUAAGACCUUCCUGUGCCCCGAGAAGACCAGUUACCUGACCGACGUGGACGACCUGUGGAGACUGAGGGCCAUCAUAGAGUGCCAGCUGCCGCACCCGAACCUGUACGACUUCAAGGGUCGGCUGGAGGUAUACCGGGGGGCCGGAGUGCCCGACACGGCCUCCCUGGCCACGGAGAACCUCCUCCCCAGGGGCGCCAGACUCAAGAACACCUCCACCGUCUAUGGGGUCGCAGUAUACACAGGAGAAGAGACCAAGAUGGCUCUCAACUCCAAGAUGACUGGGAACAAGUUCUCCACAGUGGAGAAGUCCAUGAACAACUUCCUGGUGUUCUUCCUGGUGAUGCUGGUGCUGGAGAUCAUCAUCUGCACCGUCCUCAAGUAUCAGCUGUACGACCUCGCUGUCAUGAGUAAGAUGUGGUACCUGGGCUUGCCGGCAAACUACACCCUCACCUCAAGAGACGUCAUUCAGGACAGCUUCUCCUUCCUCGUCAUUUUCAAUUACAUCAUUCCAAUCUCCCUCUAUGUGACCCUAGAGAUGCAGAAGUUCCUGGGCGCCAUGUUCAUCGGUUGGGACGACGAGCUGAGGUGUAACAAGACAGGGGAGCGAUGCAAGUGCAACACUUCAGACUUGAAUGAGGAGCUGGGACAGGUACAGUACCUGUUUACGGACAAGACCGGCACGCUCACCGAGAACUGCAUGAACUUUCGUCAGUGUUCUGUCUUGGGGGUGAAGUUCGUGGACGUAGACGGGGUGAUGCACUCGUUCGAGGAUGAGGACAACAGCAGGACCGUCCCUCUGAGCACUUUUCCUGCGUCCCUGGAUACCUUCCUGCAGACGCUGGCUCUGUGCCACACUGUAGAGGCGAGCCCUAAGAUUAGAGCAACGACGGAGGCACAGACGACGGAGAACGGUACAGAGCUCUCCAACCUCUCGCUGGAGUACCAGGCCUCGAGCCCGGACGAGAAGGCCCUUGUGGAGGCCUGUGCAAGGUUCGGGGUGGUGUUCGAGGGCCAGGUCAAGGGCAAGCUGCUCCUCAACGUGCGUGGUGAAACCUGCAUCUUCACACGUCUUCAGGUCCUCGAGUUCGACUCAGACCGGAAGUGCAUGUCGGUGGUGGUGCGAGAGGAGGCGUCGGGCAAGAUCUGGCUGCUGACGAAGGGAGCCGAGAGCAGCGUAUUGAAGCGAUGUUGCAUCAACACUCCGGAACUGGAGCGCCUCCACUACACCACCCUCUCCCACAUCAACGACUACGCCAUGCUGGGUCUGCGGACGCUGGCGGUGGCCAGGAGAGCGCUGACGAAGGACCAGUACCAAGACUUCGCCCAACAUCUCUCUCAAGCAAAGCAGGUGGUGGAGGACCGGGAGGCCGCGGUGAAGAAGGUGACAGACAAGAUGGAGACUGAGCUAAGCCUGCUGGGAGCCACCGGGGUGGAGGACCUUCUGCAGGAGGGAGUUCAGGAGACUCUAGAGUCUCUCCGGGCGGCGGGCAUCAAGGUGUGGGUGUUGACGGGGGACAAGGUGGAGACGGCUGUCAACAUCGCCUACUCCUGCGGUCACUUCAAGCGGUUCAUGACUGUCCUCUCCUUGACCGGCCUCCGGGAUCUUGACCACGCCGUCGCCUCCCUGCGACAGUGCCAGAAGGAUUCAGAGGGCGACUCCUACUACGGGCUGGUGGUGGACGGCGCCUCACUGCAGCUGCUGUUUGAUAAUCUGAAGGAGGAGUUUUACAGCAUUUGUCGGCGGUGCACCGCUGUCGUCUGCUGCAGGAUGUCGCCCAGACAAAAAGCCGAGACGGUGCGGCUGGUGAAGACCUCGAGCGAGAGACCCGUCUGCGCUGCCAUCGGGGACGGCGCCAACGACGUCUCCAUGAUCCAGGAAGCCCACGUUGGUCUAGGUGUGAUGGGUAAGGAAGGUCGGCAGGCGGUGAGGUGUUCCGACUUCGCCUUCGCCAGGUUCCGUUUCCUGAAGAGGGUGCUGCUGGUGCACGGCCACUGGUACUACGUCAGGGUCUCCACUCUCGUCCAGUACUCCUUCUACAAGAACGUCGCCUUCGUCACCCCGCAGGUUUUCUUCGCUAUCUGGAGCGCCUUCUCCACUCAGAGCGUGUAUGAGAGCCUGGUCCUGACCAUGUUCAACAUCACCUUCACAUCCCUCCCCGUCAUCAUCUACGGCCUCUUCGACCAGAACCUCCCGCCCCAGCUGCUGCUGGACCGCCCACAUCUGUAUGAGAAUAACGCUCUCAACUCCGCCAUGUCUGGGCUCAACUUCUUCAAAUGGAUUUGCUUAGCACUGUGGCACGCCUGCACCAUGUACUUCGGGCUGAUGCUGCUGUGCGCUGACGACACCUGCGGCCUGCCCGACGGCCAGACCUCAGAUCUCUCACUUUUCGGCACCACCCUCGUGUCCAUCUGCGUCUUCGUCGUCAACCUCAAGCUGGUGCUGGAGGUGCAAUAUUUCACUCAGUUCUUCUUCUGGUCGAUGGUUCUCACCCUUGUGGCCUACGCUGGACUCAUCCUCUUCUAUCAGGGUCUCAUUAUAGACUUCUUCAGCAACUACGCGGUCUACUGGACGUACUAUCGAAUGUUCCAAAGCUCUUCUCUUAUGCUGGGGUCCGUGUUGCUGGGGGUGUUGUGUCUCUUGCCUGAUGUCCUCGAGAAGGUCUGCCUCUCCUUCAGCGACGUCAGAGUGCAGGAUGAGCGCAGGAAGAAGGCUGCAGAGAGAAAGGAGAAAGCAAUACCGGUUACUCUUCAAGCUUAUAUUAGCUAUGUGAAUGAAGCCUUUGAUCCUGCAGAGGGCUCUAAGAGUUUGUGGGAAGUUACCAAUAAACCACAAAGCGAGACAAUCAGCCAAGAAUAUAUGCAACAAAGAGAAAAUGCAAUCACAGUACAGAGGCGGACGGUUACAGAAAGUGUUAAUUCAAAAGAAAAUGGGACGCACAUAGAAAAGAGGACAUACUUAGAAAAUGGGAGGCUCAAAGAGAAUGGGAGACACAUAGAGGAUGGGACGAACAUAGAGAAGGGGAUGUCAGAAGACAACAAGGCCUACUCAGGGAGCCUGACGCCCUCCAGUAACGGGUCCUGGGCAAGUGACUGUGACAGCGCCAUUAUAUGACAUAAAUUAACUAUAGAUACUGAGAAGCAAUAUUGCAUCGAAUUAUAUAUUGUAUAUAUAAAUUAUUUGUCACGAUGCAGUGCUAGGUGUUUAUAAAUAUGCCAGAGCUUUAAAUAAGUCCGGAAGCAGAGUAGUCUACAUGUUCGGUUCGCAACAGAGGGAUCUGGAUUCAAUCCCCGAGCAGGCUCAAAACGAUUGGGCAUGUUUCCUUUCACCUGAUAUAUAAAUAUAUCUGUUCACCCAGCAAUAAACUUGGAACCCGGGAGUUCCGCAAUUGUUGUGUUGCAUCCUGUGGAAGGUCAAUAUUUGGGCUAGGCCCUCGCCAAGGAGAACCUACAUAGACCUUCAUAGAACCUACAUAGAACCUACAUAGAACCUACAUAGACCUAAAUCAAGAUUUCCUGUCCCUCGACAACGGUAAUAAGUUCAUUUAAUGUUUUUAAGUGAUGAAGUAAGCUGAAGUAUGAAGUGAAUUAGCAAAUUUUAGCGUUUGUUGAUCAUUUACGCCUGAAUAAGUUCCUCUUGAGCCCUUGAGUUUAUGUCGCUCCUCAUACAUUAUUGUCAUAUUAUUUUAGACCUGAAAUGUUUCACUAUGACUCAUGAUUUUCAGUAGCCGGAAGAUGAGCCUAAAAUGGCAGCAAAUAUUCUGAACAAUCAAUAUAUAAUAUAAUAUAAUAUAAUAUAAUAUAAUAUAUAUAAAUAUUAGCUGUAAUUAAUUGUUAAAAAGAAAAUAAUAUAAAACAUAAAAUAAUUCGCCAACAAAUCUACUGUUGAAAACUGUAGCAGAAUUCAGAAAUUCGAGUAUUUCAAAAGUACAGUUGAGAUGUUCAAAGUCUUAAAUAUGAAUUUAAUUCAUUCCAAUAACGAGGACGUCGUGAAGAAACAAAGUACAACUGAAUACAAAUCUUUGGUAAGUUUUUAUGAGCAUUAUAAGUAUAUUUGAAGAUAACUUUGGCACUUGAAGCCACUGUGUGUCAUAUUGGAGAGAGAUUUAUGGAAAUAAUAAUUUUAUUAUUUUUACAAA